AUGUGGGAGCCGCGAUUCGAACAAGUUCAGCGGGAGAAAGAGGUCUCAACCUCGUUGAAUCGCUUCAUAAACAUGCAGAGGACGCUAGAGAAAACUGGAACUAGGCCAAGCAAAGUAGCAAAACGUGAGAGUUCGUCUGAGCCAAAGGCAGACUCAAAUUGUCCCAAGGAAGUGAUGAAGUUCACUAAAGGAAUGCAAGUCGAGGUGACAACUGACGACGACGGUUUCAAAGGUGCUUGGUUUGCUGCAACAAUUAUUGAACCUUCGGGUGAAGACGAGUACCUUAUUGAGUACAAAACCCUGACGAAUGAUGAUGAUACUGAGUUUCUCAGAGAAGACAUUCGUGCUUGCAACAUAAGGCCUUGUCCGCCGGAGAUCACUGUUGUGGAUGGAUUCAAGGUGAUGGAUGAAGUAGAUGCUUACUACAACGAGGGCUGGUGGGUUGGCGUGAUUGCAAAGGUUUUGAUCAACUGCAAUUACGUGGUUUACUUUAAAGAGUAUGAUGAGAAGAUAACGUUCAAGCAGGCUGAUUUGAGGCCACAUCAGGACUGGUUAAAUGGGUUGUUCCUUCAGAGGUCUGAAUUUUAUGCUCUCAAUUCUCAACACACUACUAGCUUUUCUAGUAAAUGA